AUGUGCACAGGAAAAUGUGCUCACUGAGUGGGGCUCUCCCUCAUCCCACUCUCCCUGAACUGCAUCGUGGUCAAUGCCCUCCUGCUGGUACCUGAUGGGAAGACCACCUGGACCAACAACAAUCUCAGCUUGCAAGUGUGGCUCAUGGGUGGCUUCAUUGGAGGGGGCCUGAUGGUGCUGUGUCCAGGAAUUUCUGCCAUUCAGGCAGUGGGCAUGGGCUGCUGUGGUGCAGGCUGCUGUGGAAACCGUUAUAGGAUGUUGCCCUCAGUCUUCUCCUCCACCUUUGGGAUGCUUGGUGCCAUCUACUGCCAGUUGGUGUCCGGAGCUGGGCUCCAAAUUGGACCCAAAUGCUUAAUAAACAAUAAAUGGGACUACCAUUUCGAAGAAACCUUAGGCGCUUACUUGAGCAACAAUACACUAUGGGACUUGUGUGAGGCACCACCCCACAUGGUCCCCUGGAAUGUGAUGCUCUUCUCUGUGCUGGUGGUCGCCUCAAGCCUGGAAACAGUGCUGUGUGGAAUACAGUUGGUGAACGUGACCAUUGGAGCCUUCUGUGGCGAUUGCAGGAAAAAGGAGGUGGGACAGCAUGGAGUGGAGUUGGGGAGGGAAUCUACUUGCUCUUGGCUGCCUCCUUAACUUUCUUUUUUCUUGCAGAGUGCUGCUAACAGAGUUUCCACCGACCACCCAUAAUACCCAUUUAUCCUUACUCCUGGACAUGUGAAUGGUCCAUUCACUCCCUGGUUCUCUGGAAUAAACUGCUUUUAUUGUUCAUUAU